CCGUCGGCGUGCUCCAGCUCACGAUCCUCGCGCAUGCGCCGAGCCGGUCCCCGCUCUCGGGCGCAGGCGCAGUGCUGCGGCUUGUCUCCUUCACGUUGCCCUCUCGGAGCGGCGGGGUCGGUCAGCGCGGAGCGGAGAGAGGCAAGAUGUCUGUGCCACCUUCAUACGCAGACCUUGGGAAAUCCAGCAGGGACCUAUUCAACAAAGGAUAUGGAUUCGGUUUAGUGAAGCUGGAUCUCAAGACCAAAUCAUCGACUGGAGUGGAGUUUACUACCUCUGGGACUUCAAACACCGACACAGGUAAAGCCACAGGCAGCCUGGAAACCAAGUAUAAAAUGAAGGACUAUGGCAUCACCUUCACUGAGAAGUGGACUACAGAAAACAUUGUGGCUGCUGAUGUCACCAUCGAAGAUCAGCUUGCUAAAGGACUGAAGUUGACCUUUGACACAACAUUUGUACCAAACACAGGAAAGAAGAGUGGAAAGCUGAAGACUGCCUACAAGCGAGACUACAUUAACUUGGGUUGUGAUAUAGAUUUUGACUUUGCUGGUCCCACCAUCCACACUGCAGCGGUCUUUGGGUAUGAGGGCUGGCUCAUCGGGCACCAAAUGGCCUUUGACACUGCCAAGUCCAAGCUGGCACAGAACAACUUCUCUUUGGGUUACCGGGCUGGGGAUUUCCAGUUACACACCCAUGUAAACGAUGGUGCAGAAUUUGGAGGUUCCAUCUACCAGAAAGUGAAUGACAAGGUGGAGACUGCAGUCAACCUUGCCUGGACUGCUGGCAGCAACAACACUCGCUUUGGAAUUGCCACCAAGUACCAGAUAGACAAAGACGUCUACAUAUCAGCCAAAGUGAAUAACUCCACCCUGAUUGGACUGGGAUACACUCACAGCCUCAGACCAGGUGUGAAGUUGACACUAUCUGGACUGAUUGAUGCAAAGAACAUCCAUGCUGGGGGUCACAAGGUCGGUAUGGGCUUUGAGCUUGAAGCAUAGUUCUGAGGAGAGAAUUGUAGCAACUUCGGGUUAGCUGCUAAAAUACAAAAAAUCUUCAAAGUAAAAUGACCCCUCCAUGGACAAGGCGCAGAAGAAUCAUGAGAAUAUUUGGCCUUAAUUGACUGAUUUCUGAUCCUGCCGACCUACCUCUUCCGCUGGGAAAUGGGAAGCUUGGGUCUCAGUCCUUGGUACUGGAUUGAUUUCCCAGUCAACAGCACGUGGAGGUUGUAUCAUGCUGGCUAUUAGCAUUCUAAAUUAUUUCCCCAAAAGUCAGCUUCGAAUCAUACGCUAAGUCACAACCAAUAAUUUAUCUUUUCUUUGUGUCUGUGGUAAAGAGCGUCGUGGCCAUUUUUGAAUCACUGUGGUGAAGCACACAUUUAAAGAAAAUAAAAGGAAAUAAUUGAGUUUCUCA